AUGUACAAAAGCUACAAUUAUCAUGAUACUUACAUUCAUGGAGGGGACUUGAGCAGCAAGUCCUCGAUCGAUGAAUACAUCGAACGCGUUACACGACUGCAGAGGAUCCCUAGUGUGGUCUCCGAUUAUCCUGUUGAAGAACUCGACAAGCAUUUUGAGAAAAAUAUUCAUGUGAAUAGUGAUGAGAAUCGGGCCCACGGUCCGCACAAAAGGGCUCGUGACGUGCACAAGAAAGUCUAUUUUGGCGAGCAUGAAAAGGCUAUCGAGAUCGAGAGGGAUGAAAAGCGUGAAAUUUAUAGAGGAAAGACGAUUGAUUUGAAGGCCGAUGGAUACAUAAUGCAGAAGCACAAGAACUUCGAAAUGUGCAAAUUCGAUACGUUCAAGGCCAAUUAA